AUGGAUUCUCGUAAUAGUCAAAUUAGAUAUGCUACAGUAAAUAUCGAUGAAUAUAUUCGUCAGCAUUAUAGAAGUCGUUUUUUAUACAUUUAUCGUAAUGUCAAGAAAUUUUACUAUCGUUUGGAGGCUGUUCAACUGGAUAUUCAGUAUUUAAAAAUAUGUCGUUCAAAAGAUAUUAUUCCGUCAUUUCUAUGUUUUAAAACAGCAAACUCUGAUCUAUCGUCUUCACGAGUCUAUAAGGAUUGCCAACGUAAGCUCCUCAAUGUCGAAAUCAAUGUAAAACAUAAAAAAUUAAAUGAAUUAAAGAAAAUGUAUGAAUUAUCAGUUAAUCAACUUCGUGAAUUAUCAUCUCCUGAUUUCUUCGAACAUUUAUAUGAACUUAGUGUAUCGAAAUGUUCAGGUUUAAUAGAUAAAAAACGAACUACAUUAAAUAAAAAAUUAUUAUCGUUGAGUCCUGUUAAUAGCUCAUCACAUAAUUAUAAUUCAAAAUUCGUAACUAAUUUAUCAUCACGAGUACUAUCUAAUGAAGAACUUAUUUGUCUGGCCAAUGGAUUAGAUUACUCUUUACCAGCAAAAUCUAUCAAUUUUAUCAAUGUUGCAAGUAAUGUAGAAAUAUUUUUUCAUCGUAUUACUGAUGUUUAUCAACAUCAAAAGAAAUCUAUGAAUGAACACAAGGAAUAUGAAGCCAUUAGUGAAAGCGAUGUACGUGUUUUAAACACGAAAGAGCUGACUUUGGCUAAUGAUUUAAGUUCCUUAACUAAAUCGUUUCUAAAAAGAGCUAACCGAGGUCAAAUACAAAAAAAUAAAUUUGAUUUUCAACAACAAAGUUAUCGUAAAUUAUUACAAAAAUUAAAAGAAGAUACGCCAAUAAUUAUUACUCGUCCAAAUAAAGGAAGAGGUGUUGUUUUAAUGGACAAGCAAGAUUACGUGAAUAAGAUUCAGUCUAUUCUCAAUGACUCAUCUAAAUUUUCUUCUCUAUCUGAAGAUCCUACAUUAGCACGAGAGAAUAGCUUGAAAUCAUUAUUACGAAAAUUACACGACCAAGGGCAAACUACUGAUCAAUUUUAUUAUCUUGCACGACCUACUGGAUCCAAUCCUGGACGACUUUAUGGAUUUUCAAAAGUUCAUAAACAACCUGUAUCACUUCGACCAGUUCUUUCAUCAAUAGGAACAUUUAAUUAUGGACUUGGGAAGGCUCUUACUCAAAUGCUAUCAGAUCUGAUAGACAACAAGAAUAUGAUUAAAGAUUUAUCUUCUUUUGUUAAAGAUCUGCAUGCAUUAGAUGACCCUCUCUCAACGUUCAAAAUAGUAUCAUUUGAUGUUGUCAAUUUAUAUACAAAUAUACCUGUUGAUGCAACAAUUAAUAUUAUUCUCAAAGAAUUAUAUGAAGAUCGACCUGUACCACCUAUUAUUGAACGGAACGAUUUGAAGGAACUUCUAACCUUCGCUAUAAAAAAAUCUAAUUUUCUCUUUGAUGGAAAAAUUUACGAUCAAAUAGAUGGAGUAUCAAUGGGCUCUCCAUUGGCUCCCCUACUUGCUCAAAUUUUUUUUCAAGAAUUUGAGAAAAAAAAUUUAUCAUUAUUUGAAAAUUUGGGCAUCCUUUACUGGAAACGAUACGUUGAUGAUACCUUCGUAUUGUUGAACCCAAAAUUUUCUACAGAAAAGGUUUGUGCUGAACUCUCAAAAUUACAUUCUUCUGUUAAGUUCACUUCUCAGGAGGAAGAUGCAGUUAAACACAAACUAUCAUUUCUAAACGUAUUUAUUCAACGACAAGAAGGUAUCGGUUUUCAAACUCGUUAUCUACAGAAAACCGACCUUCACUGGACUUAUGACAAAAUGGAAUAG